GGGGAGAGAGAGUAGAAAUUGAUACAUGGGUUGGAGCAUCAGGGAAGAAUGGAAUGCAGCAGGACUGGUUAGUUCAAAGUCAAGCCACAGGUGGUGAUGGCUUUCGUUGGAGAAACUAGAGGCAUUCAAAAGUGAUAGAGUUGGAGGGUGACAAGGGUUAUGCCUACCAACAAAAAAGGGGCUUCUGCUAAAGGGGGUGUGAGUAAGAAGAGUGAUGCACCUGCACAGACAAAAUCCUCUAAAUCUGCUGAAACACCCGAAGAUGUUGAGCCAUCUAAAAUGGGUCUUGAAGAGAUUGAAAGCAAAUUGGGUUCUCUUGUACAAGCAGAUACUAUUUCCCAAUUGAAGAGUGUUGUGUGGAAGGAACGGCUUGAAGCAAUAUCUUCAUGUAAACAACAAGUGGAAGGUUUAUCAGACCUAGACCACUGGGUUGAGUUAUUGAUCUCUUUUGCACGGGUAUAA